AUGGCGGGGAAACUCAGCGGCCGGCAGGUGAUGGAGUUGUUCUAUACGGAGGUAGAACGGCCCCCUCCUACCGAUGGUAUGAAAGAGGAGGUGGAUGUUACUACUCUAUUCCGCUGCAAGUGCGGCAAGACGCGUGCUCAGAGACUCAAACAUGGGUACACGAACUUGGUGCAGCACGUGCUGGUCAAACACCCGGAUUGGGUGGCAGCCGCAACGCGCGAAGCGCAUCCGAUUCCAGUUCCUGCAUUGGCCAACGUGCAAAAGCGGUCGGAUUAUCUGUCGUGGGACGACUACUUCAUGAGUGUUGCCUUUUUGAGCGCCAUGCGCUCGAAAGAUCCGUCGACUCAAGUCGGAGCAUGCAUUGUGAAUCCAGAACGGAAGAUCGUGGGUAUCGGCUACAACGGAUUCCCAAAUGGCUGCGGUGAUGACGAGCUGCCGUGGGCACGUGAGACUGCAACUAACUCGCCACUCGAUACGAAGUACCCAUAUGUUUGUCACGCAGAGAUGAAUGCCAUACUGAACAAGAACUCCACCGACGUCAAAGGAUGCUCAAUUUACGUGGCGCUCUUCCCUUGCAACGAAUGUGCCAAGCUCAUCAUUCAGAGUGGCAUCGCACGCGUCGUUUACUUUUCCGACAAGUACAAAAGCGACUGGAAGUUCGUGGCAUCACGUCGGCUCUUGGACAUGGCUGGCGUGCAAUAUACACAACACAAACUUCAGCUCUCAAAAGUCGUCAUUGAUUUCACCUCAGUCAUGUAA